AUGGGUCACAAACGAGUUCUCAUCACCUAUGGGGUCGACGUCGAUGCUGUUGCAGGAUGGCUCGGCUCAUACGGAGGCGAAGAUUCAACCAACGACAUUAGUCGAGGUGUUUGGGCUGGAACUAUCGGAACACGACGUCUCUUGAAGCUGUUUAACAAAUAUGGUAUCAAGACCACCUGGUUUAUUCCUGGUCAUUCGUUGGAGACAUUUCCAGAAGACAUGGCAGCAGUCCGGGAUGCUGGACAUGAGAUUGGAUUGCACGGAUACUCUCACGAGAACCCAACCGACAUGAGCAUUGAGCAACAGCGAGACGUGCUGGACAAAACGUACCGAAUGCUCACAGAGUUUGCGGGCAAACCUCCCCGAGGAAGUGUCGCGCCCUGGUGGGAAACAAGUAAGAAGGGAGCACAGCUGCUUCUUGACUAUGGGAUUGAGUACGACCAUAGUAUGAGUCACGAAGAUUGCCAACCAUAUUAUCUGCGAACAGGUGACACCUGGACCAAGAUCGAUUACAAGCAGAAAGCGGAAACCUGGAUGAAGCCUUUGGAACGUGGUCCUCAGACUGGCCUAGUUGAGAUCCCUUCCAAUUGGUAUAUUGAUGAUCUACCACCGAUGAUGUUUAUCAAGAAUUCUCCCAAUAGCCAUGGCUAUGUCAAUCCGCGAGAUGUUGAGGACAUUUGGCGAGAUCAUUUCGAUUAUUUCUAUCGAGAAUAUGAUGAGUUCAUAUUUCCGAUUACGAUUCAUCCGGAUGUCUCAGGGAGACCACAUGUUCUCUUAAUGCAUGAAAGGCUCAUUGAACACUUCUUGAGACAUGAUGGGGUGGAGUUUGUGAAAAUGGAGCAGGUGUGCCGUGAAUUCAAGUCGAGGAAUGCUCCUCCACCCGGAGCUUUAAUGCCUACCCCAGCUGGCUCAAUGUUGAAAUAA